AUGCCAAAUAUGCUUUCAAAGAUUACAGGAAUAUAUUACUUAAAUAAACUAAUACGGUCUAAUUCAACAUCAAAUGAUUAUGUACCAUCCUCAAGUAAUACAGAUUAUUCACCUCCAUCACCACCACAUAAUACAAGAUCUUUUUCAGUAACAUCACAAUCAUCACAAGAGGGAAAAAAACAAAAGCAAAAGAAAAAGAGUCCAAGAAGAAUCAAUAGAUCUCAAGUACGGAGUUCAAUACCGUCAUCAAGAGCAUUACAAGGUAGACGAAGUUCAACUUCGCAAAGUAUCCCCACCGUACAACAACAACAACAACAAAUAAUAAAACAUCAAUCAAGACGUCGGCGGCAAUCAACUUCAUCUACAUCAGUUGAAUCUUCAUCCACUAAUUCUUCUACCAAUUCAAGAAAUAAUAGUUUAAGUGGACCUAAUUAUAAAUUAUCUCUGCCUCAAGCAUUUGAAGGGUCUGAUAAUUUUUUAUUUCAUCAUGAUUUAACAAUUGAUUUAAAGAUGGUUAAUAGUAAUAAUAUUAGAAAUAAUGAAGAUGUUUGGAGUUAUAAUCCUGAAGAAGGUCAUACAAUUACAAUAGAAGAUCCAAAGAAACAAGUUAGAUUUACAUGA